UAUUUUGUAUUUUUUAAGGUACAGAUACAUGAAAUUAUGACAAAACAAUGACCACAUUUUUUGGGGUUAUGUUGGUUGUAUAAAAGUAGUAUGCAACUUUCAACACCCUUUUCUUAACGUAAUACGAAACUGAAAAACCUCAAGAAAAUCAAAAGAUCUGUGCUGUGUUUUUGAGGGAUAAUGGAGGAAGAGGCAGAGAUGGAGCGGUUGCCGAUAGACUUGUUGGCUCAUAUACUGGCGAUGAUCACUUCAUUCACCGAUUUAGCCCAGGCAAGUUGGGUUUGCAGGAAAUGGAAACAAGCGGUGACACAGGCUCUGGCUAGAAGACAGACCCUGAGUUUUGCUGGUUGUAAAAUGGACGAUGAUUCCACUGCUCGUCUCGUUCGUCAUGCUUAUAGCCUCAAAGAACUCGACAUUUCAAGGAGUCGUUGGGGUUGUCAAAUAACUGAUAAUGGACUGUACCAGAUCUCAUUAGCAAACUGUGUUAGCAACCUGACAUCAAUUUCACUUUGGGGUAUGACUGGGAUCACUGACAAAGGUGUUGUUCAAUUGAUAACCAGAGCCAAUUCCUUGAAACACCUCAAUGUUGGUGGUACAUUUAUCACCGAUGAAUCCUUAUCCGCCAUUGCCGAUAACUGUCCACAUUUAAAGAGCAUUGUCCUAUGGAGUUGCCGUCAUUUUACAGAAAGAGGACUGUUUGUUCUUGUAAGUAAAUGCCGAAAACUAGAGUCGAUCAAUGUGUGGGGAACUAGAGUUCCCUUGGAUUGUUUCAUUGGUUUGCUUACUAUUCGACCAGCUCUUCAAAUCAAACCACGAGGUUUGCCAUUAAACGUUGGGGCUAUGGCAAUGUUACCUGUAAUAUAAGUUGUUCAUUCUUCUGGGUAUUUCAAUUGUAAUUUUAUGAAUUUGUUGAUUCAAUAAAUUGAAGCUUUACCUCC